AUGAGAAGGAACAGCGAGUUCCCCGCGUGCCUGAUUAUUUCAGCCGUCACGGCAAUGGCAGGGCUGGCCUGCUUCGCCGCCGGUUUGGCGGGAAAGUUCGGCGGCUCGGUCCUCCUCUGUCUGGUCGGUGGGCACGUACUGUUCCUCGCUCUUGGCUUCGGACUGUUCUGGUACCUCCUCAACAUCCCUUCGAAGGAGCCACAAGAGGAUGACCACAUCGUCUUGGAUCCUGAUCAUGAGUCUGACACAACGAUCAAGCCAACAAGGAACUUGAAGGAGAACGCGUUUUUUUCGGUUGAGCCAAACUUGCUGGCUGUUGUAAAGGGGUACGCGUGGCCUGUCACAAACAGCAACAAUAAUAAUAACAACGACAGCAACAUGAAGAACAACAACCUCGUGCUGAUGGAAACGGUAGUGUGA